GCGGCGGCGGCGGCGGCGGCGGCGGAGGCGGGGGACUUCCGCGUGCAGCCCGUGGGCGGCGGGGACCGGCGGCGGGUCGUGGACUUCCUGCGGCAGUUCUUCUUCAAGGACGAGCCGCUCAACGUGGACGUGCAGCUGCUGGGGGCAGACGGCGCAGACCGCUGCCUCGAGCUGGAGGAGUACAGCACCGGCUGCCUCGACGAAGGCCUGUCCGUGGCCGCGAUAAACGCCUCCACGGGGCAGCUGGUGGGCGUGUGCCUAAACGGUCUGGACGAGCCCGGCCACCUGCCCGAGAUGGAGGCCAAGGUGGCCGGCUGCAAGAACACCAAGUUCCGCAAGAUCCUCGGCCUGCUGGCCAGCGUGGAGCAGGGCGCGGACAUCUUCACGCGCUUCCCUGACGUCAGGAAGGUCCUCGAGGUCAGGAUCAUGUCGGUGGACGCGUCGUGGCGCGGCCGCGGCAUCGCCAAGGCCCUUCUCGACCGCUCAAGGGAACUGGCGAAGGAGAAGGGGUUCGACAUGCUGCGCGUGGACUGCACCAGCCACUUCUCGGCGCGCGCCGUCGAGCGGCUCGGCAUGACGUGCGUCCACACGCUGCCGUACGCGCGGCACCUGGGCGAGGACGGCGAGCCCGUGUUCCGCCCCGCGCCGCCGCACGCCGAGGUCAAGACGUACGUCGAGCGGCUCGGCCAGUGAGCGCGCCAACCGACCCCCUCCUCCAGCGACUCUCGCGCCGCCGCC